AUGCCCGACUCUGGACCCAAGGGCGACGGCCUGCAACCGCGUCCUAUUUGGACGCCCACCGUGCCGCAAGACCGGAUCCCCAUGAACAUCUACCGUCAGCAUAUCAAUCGGAAAUUCAGUCAGAACUUGCAUUCGUCUCAAGAACUACACCAAUGGACGGUGGAAAAUCUGCAGGACUUUUGGAUCGAUCUUCAUCAGUAUACCGGGAUCAUCCCGCCGUUGCCCCCGACGGUGACGACUUCAUUUGAUGCACACACACCGAUGGAGAAAAUACCCGAAUUCUUCCGUGGCGCCACCGUGAACUAUGCAGAGAAUGUCGUUUCGGGUCGUGAUCUGAACAAAACCGCACUUGUCGGUGUUCGUGAGGGCCAGGACUUGGACGGAGAAGUAUGGACGUGGGGAUUGCUGCGAGAGAACAUCCGAAAAGCCCGAAGUGCAUUGUUGCAACUUGGUGUCCAGGAAGGGGAUCGAGUGGCCGCAAUCAUCUCGACCAGUUUAUGGUCCGUCGGCUUAUUCCUGGCCACAGCCAGCAUUGGCGCCAUUUGGACCAGCAUCGCACCCGAUUUGGGCGAAGAGGGAUGUGUUUCACGACUGCAACAAGUCACUCCCAAAGUUCUUUUUGCCGACGGCGAGUCGACAUACAAGGGCAAAAUGCAGUCCAACGUGCCCAAGAUCCAGAACAUCUUCCACGCAAUGAAGGUCAAGCCCGAAGUAUUCUUGGUUCCAAUCACUGGAACACAUGAACAAGCUUUCCCUGGCCUCGACAGCUUCUUGUCAACAUCGCGGUCUGAGGAUGAACUGGAAUUCAAGAGGCUACCCUUUUCGCACCCGCUAUAUAUCCUCUACACCAGCGGCACGACGGGUCAGCCCAAAUGUCUGGUCCACAGUCACAGCGUGAUUCUGCAGCACAAGAAAACAUCCGUACUCCACAACUCGCUCAGUUCCGACGAUAUCGUCUUCCAGUACAGUAGUACCUCAUGGGUCCUGUGGAAUAUCAUGAUCGGCCAUCUAUCAGUGGGUCCGACUCUGAUUCUAUACGACGGAUCGCCGCUGUGGCCGACCGCAAGGGCAAUGGCAAAGAUUGCGGAGUAUCAUCGUGUGACGUACUGGGGCUGCUCGCCUCGGUAUUUGCAGGAGCUGGAGAUGACUCGAUGCAUCCCAAAGGAGUUUGACCUUUCAUCCUUGCGAAUGGUACAGACGGGCGGUUCCCACUUGGGCGCCGACCAGUAUCACUGGUUCUAUCGUGCCUUCCCAGCGGACGUCCAUCUCACCAGUGUCACCGGUGGCACGGACUUGGUGACCUCUUGGAUCGGUACUGACCCCGCUGGCCCGCUGUAUCCUGGCGAAAUUCAGUUGCCAAUGCUGGGACAGGAUGUUGAUGUGGCGGACCCCAUGACGGGCGAGUCGGUCAAACAUACUGGCAGACAUGGUGAGUUUGUCUGUCGCCAGCCUUUCCCGUCCAUGCCCGUGUUCUUCUGGGGCGACAAAGACGGAUCCAAGUACAGGAGCACGUAUUUCGACAAGUUCGAGAACUGCUGGGCUCAGCAUGACUGGGCGAGCUACAACCCCCAUACCAAGGGAUGGCAGAUCCACGGAAGAAGUGACGGAGUUUUGAACCCUCAGGGCAUCCGAUUCGGAUCCUCUGAUAUCUAUUCGAUCACGGAAUCGGCACCAUUCAACGGGGUCAUUUCGACGACUUUGUGUAUUGGUCGACGCAGACCCCAUGAUUCCGACGAGUCGGUUUUCUUGUUUGUGGUGAUGCAGCCCGGCAAUUCCUUCAGCGACCGGCUCGCCCUCGAGAUGAAGGAUGCAAUUCGUAAGGGACUGAGCAGCAAGCACGUCCCUCGGUUCAUCAUCGGAGUCACAGAAGUCCCAAUGACGGUAAAUGGCAAAAAGAUCGAGACAUUGGUUAAGGAAGUGGUGUCCACUGGUGAAUUGCCCAAAACCAUCAGCAGCACCGUGGCCAACCCGGAAUGUUUGGAGCAUUUCAGACAGUACUACGCGCUGGAAACAAAAGAUAGAGCCAAGCUAUAG